UGUGUUGUGCAGUUUCAAAUAUGUCGGACAUUGAGUGGCAUUAUUGACAUAUUGAUAUAUGUGUAUAUGAAUAGAAUCUUGCAGUUUGUGAAGUUUUAAAUAAUAUCUGUAAAUAUGUCCAAGAUUAAUGAUUCUCAUGUGAAAAAUGAACGAAAUCGUUCAUGAAGAAUCUACUGUUCUUUCAUAAAUAAUAAUUAUGUUCCACCAAUUUUUGUGUGUAUGAUUCAGUGCCGAAAUAUUUUACAGCAUGCGUGACAAGAACUUAUAAUUUUCCAACGAAAUACUAGAAGUUAUGCAAAUGUUUCCAAAAAUGGCAACUAAGACUGAUAAUAUGAAACCUAUUGACAAGCAAAAUGAUGAAAACAAUAUGGAUAAUGAAAUGAUGACACUCGGUGGUCCAGAAAGUUCUGGACGUUGUGUUCCACCAAAUUAUUUAUAUAGCACCGGAUCAAUGGAUCAGGGACCAGGAGGUCUUGAUCACGAACAUAGAAUCCGAAAUCGUCAUAACGCAACAGAAGAUCAGCUGGGACCUCUUCCGUCUAAUUGGGAAAAGGCUUACACAGACUCUGGAGAAAUUUAUUUUAUUGAUCAUAAUACCGGAACUUCUCACUGGCUUGAUCCUCGGUUGUCGAAAUUUCAAAAACAGUCUCUCGAAGAGUGCCUUGAUGACGAACUGCCUUAUGGUUGGGAGAAAAUCGACGAUACUCUAUACGGUACUUAUUUUAUUGACCACGUGAAUCGUCGAACUCAAUACGAAAAUCCAGUGUUGCAAGCAAAGCGAGCUCAACAAAACUUAUCGGAGAGAAAGAGUCCCAACUUUACUCGAAACCCUGAGAAACUAAAGGGACAAAGAAUUCGUACAUCACUAAUAAAAAGUUCACGAGGUCUUGGUUUUACAAUUGUUGGUGGCGAUGAUUCUGUGGAGGAAUUUUUACAAAUAAAAAGUGUUGUUUCCAAUGGACCCGCAUGGCUUGAUGGAAAGCUGCAAACUGGAGAUGUUCUGGUUUACGUUAAUGACACUUGUGUAUUGGGAUUUACACAUAAUGAAAUGGUUAAUGUAUUUAAAUCAAUUAAUACUGGAGACACAGUUUCAUUGGAAGUUUGUCGAGGGUAUCCUUUACCCUUUGAUCCAAAUGAUCCUAACACGGAAGUUGUUACUACCAUCGCUGUGAAUGCACCAGAUCUGUCAAGUGAAGAUCCUGGAAUGUACAUGGACCUAGAUUCUCGUAUGCAAUCUGUAGGUCCAUUUAACUUUAUGGACACUUCCUUCCUUCCCGUGAACAAUAUGCAAAAUGGCGAAAAUUUAGCAACAACGUCCGUUAAUUCAAUGCCUGAUCUUUGCAUCUCUGACAAAAUCAAUACAAUCAAAAGACCAAGUAGCACAGACAUUCUUCUUUCUGAAACUGGAGAUUUAAGCGAACGUAAAGAAUCUCCAUUACCGUCAAAGCCAGAAUUCCUCAGCAUUCCAGUGGUGAAGGGAGUCAUGGGCUUUGGAUUCACAAUAGCCGAUUCAGCUCAGGGUCAAAAAGUGAAGAAAAUUUUAGAUGGACUGCGUUGCAAGAGACUAAUGGAGGGCGAUAUUCUCGUUAAUAUAAAUGACAUUAAUGUGAGAAACAUGUGCCAUUCCGAGGUGGUUAAUGUUUUAAAAGACUGUCCACGAAAUCAAGAAGCUCUAAUUUACGUUCAGCGAAUGUCGCCGAAACCUAAGGAGAAGAAGGAAAAAAAUCCACACGACUUUUUUAGAAGCAAAACUCCAACUGCUGAUAUUUACAGUACUCAAACUAAAACAGUAGUACCAACACGUCCAAAAACACCGUUAAUUGACACUAGAACUCAUCUCAAGUCGCCUGAUGAUAUGGGAAGAGAAAAUUGGAAUGAAUUACCAAACGAAAAUGACAUGAAUCCGCUCGACAAUAGAUUUAAAUAUUCAGAUUAUAAUCACGGUGUGUACUACACAGAUCCAUACAAAUCAAAUAUUAGUAGUUUGGCCGAUAAUUUUACAACUAUGACCAAUUUGAAUGAUGAGAGAAAUGCCAUAAAAAGAGAAUGGGUGGCUGCUGAUAAAUUUAACAUAAGCAAUGAAGUUUAUUCCGUUAAUUCUCCACAUGCAGAAAACAUUAAGCAAAAUGGAGGUGUACAUUCGAAUUAUUACAAGGAUAUCUACGCUGUUCAAACACAUUCUCAGUUCAAUGAACAGGAUUUCAAUUCAUAUGCAAUUGGACAGGAGCAAAAUGUCGAUACAGGCGAAAUUUGGGAUAAGAGAAAAGAGACAACAAGCUUCGAACAUGAACAACCACAUUCCAGUUCCACACCACGGUAUCCACAAUACAAUAGCGAUAUGGUGUGUCCGACAAUUCCUGAUAUUGAAUGGAUCGAGACGUUAGUGACUUUAGUUAGGCAAGAUACAGGCUUUGGCUUUAGAAUAGUUGGAGGUACCGAAGAAGGAUCUCAGCAGGUUUCCGUUGGUCACAUUGUGCCUGGAGGUGCAGCAGACUUGGACAAUCGUCUAAAUACCGGUGAUUUAAUUAUGUCUGUCGAUGGAGAGAGCGUGAUGAAUUCGUCUCACCGUCACGUAGUUCAGUUAAUGAUAGCCGCUGCACAAAAUGGAGUCGUCACUCUGGGUAUUCGGCGGCGCAUCAAUAUCCAGGAACAUUUACGUGACAACAUACAGUCAUCUUAUGGAGGUCAGAUGAAUCAGCAGUAUCCUUACGACGUGACUGUUAACAGAAUGGAAAACGAGGGCUUUGGAUUUGUCAUCAUUUCUUCCGUCAAUAAAGCUGGUUCUACGAUCGGUAGGAUUAUUGAAGGUUCCCCAGCAGAAAGAUGCGGAAGACUGAAUAUUGGUGAUCAUAUUCUUGCUGUCAAUCAUGUCGACAUUACUAAUGUUUGUCACAAGGACAUUGUCAAUUUGAUCAAGGAUUCGGGAUAUUCAGUAACUUUGACUAUUGGUUAUCCAUUGGACGAUUGUUGUGGCAGUACCUCUCCUCUCAAGGAUGAAUCUGCUGCUGAUGGAGAUGGUGGACAAUAUCAUGCUGUUGAAUUGACAAGGGGAACUCGAGGUUUCGGUUUUAGUAUUCGUGGAGGGCGCGAAUUUCAAAAUAUGCCAUUAUUCGUUUUGCAAAUCGCAGAAAAUGGUCCAGCAUCUGUGGAUAACAGACUCAGAGUCGGCGAUCAGAUUAUUGAAAUUAACAGUAUCAAUACGAAAAACAUGACGCACACUGAAGCAAUCGAAAUAAUACGAAACGGUGGUCCGUCUGUUCGUCUUUUGGUACGACGUGGAUGUCAGAUACCUUCCGUUGUCGGUGCUUCGUCUCAUCUUUAUGAUAUGAAUAUUUGAAGGUAAAAAAUAAAUCUAUUAUCACAAUAGAAAAUGGACUACUACCGUGAAAUUUUUCUAUUAAUCGAAAGUAGAAAGAAAAAUCUUUAUUCUGAGGAAUAUACUUAUUUUAAAAUAACACAUUUUCCAUAUUGACACUUACUAUUAAUCAACAUCUUUAAUAACUUAUUCAAUAACUUGUUUAACUUGUUUAACUUGUUUAGCUUGUUAUUUUAAUCGUCUGUAUAUAUUUUAAUAUAAAACCAAUGUUAAAUCAACAAUUAGGCAAUUUGUUAUUGAAGUCAGUCAAAUUAAAUUUAUUAAAAUUCAAGAGCAGAUAAAAGCGGAGCAGAAAUAAAGAAAGCAUAGAUGCUUCGCUGUAUAAUCUGCUCUAUCCAACUAUAAAAUAGCAUAACUUUUUUUGAAUCAAGUUUGCGAUAAGUAUAUUAUUUACAAACACAUGGCAUCUACAUUUCUAUUUAAAUGGUCUAUUAAAUAUAAUUCAAUUAAGCCAAUCAAUUUUUAUGAAAUCCUUGCCGCAAAUUUGCCUCAAAAUGAUUUUGCUGUAUAAUCGGUAUUCAAAUAUCAUGAUAGCGAUUUAAAAAAAAAUUUGAUUGCUCAAAGAUCUGAAAUAUAAAUAAGUAGAUAAUUGAUAUUUUACAAUUUUAUAUAUUAUACAGAAUUUUAAGAUCGUAAUUUCACUUAAGUUUAGAAAAAUGUUAUGCUUUUUCAAUAAAAUUUAUAAAUAGGUACAUCAGAUUCAUCAGAAUAAAUAACCGAUAGACAAUAAAUCAAUCGUGUGUAUCUAACUAUAGGUACAUUUUCAAAGUAUGUCAUUUCGAACUUUAAGGAAAUUUAUAAUAAUAUAUAUAAGUUUUAAUUUAGGUGACACUAUCCUACGCUUGCUCCAAACAAUGUUUAAAUAUUAAUUUUUAUUUCAAUUUUGGUGAUAGCUUUGCACAUUUAACUAUUCAGUAAUUCCAAUAAGACAAUAUAUUGCUUUAAAGAUAUUCAAAAUUCAUGUAGAGUUACAAACUUUCCAUAAACUUAUAGCAAUAUUUUGUACUCUUAGGAAACUAUAGCAAAUUACUAUACUAUUAACAAUUUGAAUAAAUGUGAUAGAAAAACAGGCAAAUAAUAAAAACAUAGUGCCUUGCACGUGUUCAAUAUUUUUUAAGACAUUUAAACUUCAAUGUUAUUUGAAGACGUAAGAAGAGAUUUUUAAUUUUAUCGUAAAAUUUAUCUGCUAUUUUGGAGAAAAAUUCAACUUGUUCUUUUUUAUCUUUACAAAGAUAUAAUUUAAAUACUCAUGAGAAUCGUAAAAUUCCUCUUUUUCCAUUUUAUUUUAAUGGGAAAACAUUUUCUAAAUUGAAAUUUCUUAAUUUAACUUAAUUUUAUUAAUUUUAUUAGAAAGUUAUAAUAUUUUAAUGAAAAUUAAAUUAGAAGCCGUUCAAGUAAUGUAUAACUCGCUUUUUAGGGUAAGGGGACGAGUGAAAAAUUUUUUCAUCAUCGAAAUAAUAAUGCCACUAAAAUGGGGAUCAAUUUUUACAAUAUUACAAUAAGUGAUGCCAAGCUUGAAUGUCUUCUUAUUUGCUUAAUAGUGUAAUUAUAAUAAUAAAAUAAUUAUAAU